ACACUUUUUUCGAUCCAAGUAAGCUGGCAGGAAUUUGACUUGGAUUCUAUAUAAAUACAACUGCCGGCCGUACAUUUGUUCAUUUCGGGCUGAUAUCUCGGUGAGAGCAGACGUUGGGCUCCAAAAAUUCCAAAUUAAAAUCAUGGUGUACCUGGUGAGAAACAAGGCGGAUCUCGACAAGCAGCUCACCCUCGCCGAGGGCAAGUUGGUGGUGAUUGAUUUCUAUGCCAACUGGUGUGGUCCGUGCAAAAUCAUUGCCCCCAAGCUGGAGGAGCUGGCGGAACAGUACUCGGACCGUACCGUCGUCCUCAAGGUGAACGUGGACGAGAACGAGGACAUCGCGAUCGAGUACAAUGUAACCAGUAUGCCCACAUUUGUGUUCAUCAGAGCCGGCGAUGUGCUGGACGUCUUCGUUGGCUGCAACGCCGAGAAGCUGUCCAAAUCCAUGGAGAAGUAUGCCGCCAGCGGCAGCGAACCGCUUCACUCAUCCGUACAGCUCCUCGAAUCCGAUGAGGAAUCCAGCGCCAAUCCCAGCGCCGCCUCCAGUGACAGCGAGGACGAUGUGGUCAUCUGCGAGGUGUCCGCCCACGAUCAGGAGGCCGUGCUGGAGCACUAAACACCACCUACCUAAUAUCAUCCAUGUGAGGCGAAUAUGGUGCCAAUUCUAAGCAACACACACACACAUCAUUCAUACAUAUGGCAAUACGGUAACAACAAACGCAAAACACACUACACACUCGCCACGCACACCAAGCACACCCAUUACACACCCUACACCUCACACACACACUGUGUACACUCAUGAAAUGUGGUGCUUGAAAUAGGACUGCUUGAACUUUCGAAUGCAAUUCAAAUGUAACUUGAUUGAUGUUACGGCGGCGGAGGACGCCCCAUCGAAUCUACACACUAAUAUCUUCCUGGGAAUCCGAGGACUUAUGUGAAACACACUCUUUACAUACCGCAAUCAUACCAAUAUGCUGUCGAGGGAAUCGAUGCCGAUACCACUUCUACAUUUAUGCUAACUCUUAAGUACACUAAAUGGAAAUAUGUACAAUCGACCGACAAUAUGGAAUACGCAUUAAUACGAAUUACUGGUUAUUUUUGUUUCAACACACGACAAAUAUUUGCUGCGAAACACAAAAUACAAUCAAGAAACAAAAUGUAAGAGCAACUAA